AUGUUUAGAGCACGGCAAGUCACAAAUUAUACUAGAGAAAAAAAAAAAACAUUACAAAGCGUAGAAGAAACUAAUAUCCUUGAUAAGCUUGGCUUCAAAAAAUACGAUAAUGGUCCUCCGCAGCCUCAAACUGGAAUAGAUUCAUACUUUAGAUGUACUAUAUACUAUUAUCCAUAUUUUUAUGUGCAAUGUCAGUCCGGAGCGGAACAUACCGUUGGAGAGUAUUUAGGAAGAAAAUAUGACCAAUAUAUAUACAAAGUAUCAUAUGUAGUCAAGCAAGAUUUAAAAAAAGCAAAUCAUUUAAUAAAUGGGGAACAAAUUUAUAUCAAACUCGAGUUUUGGAACGUCAUAGAAUUAGUGACAGUGCGGAAUCAACUUUUUCGUAUCGUAAACGAGAACCGUAAAAAUUUAAAUGUUGUAAAUAUAUAUGGAAAUAAUACAAGUGAUUAUGGCAAUAAAUAUUCAGAAACCGGUCAGAAAGAUAAAAUAUUGGACGAUAUUAUUGAUCUUCGUGAAUAUGAUAUACCUUAUUAUCAACGGGCUGCUAUAGACCUUGGCUAUAGAGUUGGUCAGUGGUAUACUAUCACGGCUUUUCCCCAAGAUAAUGGGGCGCAGAUUAAAAUGCAUCAUCGCGAAGAUAUAAAACAACGUGGAGAUCCAGUUAUUCUCGCAUAUGAUAUUGAAACCACAAAAAAACCUCUCAAAUUUCCUGACUCCGAGAAUGACCCCAUAAUGAUGAUUUCUUACAUGAUAAAUGGCAUGGGAUUUCUUAUCGUUAAUCGUGAUAUCGUUUCUGAAGAUAUUGAAGAAAUCGAAUAUUCACCAUCCACUCAAUACAAAGGAUUUUUUAAAAUAUUUAAUGAACCGAGUGAGAGAGCGUUGAUCGAGCGUUUUUUUAAACAUAUCCAAGAACAAAAACCAACCAUAAUUGUAACAUAUAAUGGUGAUUAUUUUGAUUGGCCUUAUGUUGAAGACAGAGCUUCGAAAUAUGGUAUCAAUAUGCAUAAAGAAAUAGGCUUUAAAAAAAAUAUGAAUGAUGAGUAUGUAAGCAAGCAUUGUUUACAUAUGGAUUGUUUACAUUGGGUGAAAAGAGACAGCUAUCUUCCUGUUGGUAGCCAAGGUUUAAAGAGUGUUACUCAUGCUAAAUUGGGUUAUAAUCCUGAUGAACUAGAUCCGGAAGUUAUGACCAAGUUUGCGUAUGAGAAACCACACACUUUGGCACGAUAUUCUGUUUCUGAUGCAGUAGCGACGUAUUAUCUAUACAUUGAAUAUAUCCAUCCGUUUAUUUUUUCACUUUGUAAUAUUAUCCCAUUAAAUCCGGAUGAUAUAUUGCGAAAAGGAACCGGAACUCUGUGUGAAGCAUUAUUAAUGGUUCAAGUGGAAGCAUACAGUGCCAACAUCAUCAUGCCAAAUAAACAUGAAGAAAAUGAUGAAGUGUUUUUUAAAGACCAUCUUCUCCAAGAUGAAACGUAUAUUGGCGGCCAUGUUGAUGCGUUAGAAGCAGGUGUUUUUCGGUCGGAUAUACCAGUCAGUUUCGAUAUUGAUCGUGCAGCUAUCCAACAGCUAAUCGAUAAUAUAGAUGUUGCUUUGAAGUUUGCAAUUUGGGAAACAUUCAAGGAAAUGAAAAGAAAUACUGAAUCUGCUUUUAGUAUGCAGGAUCAAAUUGUAGAUGAGAAAUUAGCAGAUAUCACGAAUUAUGAUGAGUUGUAUAAAAAUACAAAGGUCCGAUCGCAAAUUGUAUCCGCUCUCGAAUAUCUUAAACAAGGAGAGCAACCGCUCGAACAAACGCCUCUAAUUUAUCAUUUAGAUGUUGCUGCCAUGUAUCCAAAUAUAAUUCUCACCAAUCGACUUCAACCUGAUUCUAUUGUCACUGAUGAUGUGUGUCUUAGAUGUGAUUAUAAUGUUCCUGGAAAAAAAUGUGAUAGAAGAAUGACAUGGUCAUGGCGGGGUGAUUUUUAUCCUGCAAAGACAAAUGAAUAUAAAAUGAUCAAAAAACAACUAAUGUCUGAAAUAUUUCCCGGAAAAAAUCCGGGGGACAAAGGACGUUCUUAUUACCUCUUAAGUCUAGAAGAACAAACAGCAAUUUUGAAGAAACGUCUUGGUGAUUAUUGUCAGACUGUAUAUAAAAGAAAAAAAGAGACAGAGGUGGAACAACGAGAAGCCAUAGUUUGUCAACGUGAAAACCCAUUUUAUGUUAAUACAGUUUUGAGUUUUCGUGAUCGGAGAUAUAAAUACAAGAGUGACGUUAAAGAAUGGAAAAAGAAGUUAGCGGAAGCAACAAAAUGCGAAGACCUUGUAAAGAUUGAAGAGGCUAAAAAAAUGAUAAUUUUAUAUGACUCUUUACAGCUUGCUCACAAAUGUCUCCUUAAUUCUUUUUAUGGUUAUGUUAUGCGUAAAGGCUCUCGAUGGUAUUCAAUGGAAAUGGCUGGGAUAGUAUGUGAUACAGGUGCAAAAAUUAUUCAGACGGCUAGACAAUUAAUUGAAAAAAUUGGAAGGCCUCUCGAACUUGAUACAGAUGGAAUUUGGUGUAUUCUUCCUUCAAUGUUUCCAGAAAAUGUUACAUUUAAAUUAUCUUCUGGAAAACAGUUUUCCGUAUCAUAUCCUUGCACAAUGUUGAAUUAUUUGAUUCAUCAAGAAUUCUCCAAUGAUCAAUAUCAAAGACUAUCUAAGAUAACAAAUGAAUAUGAGAUUGGAAAAGAGAACAGUAUAUUUUUUGAGGUUGAUGGUCCAUAUAGAGCGAUGAUACUACCCUCUUCCUUAGAAGAGAAUAAACUUUUGAAGAAACGUUAUGCUGUGUUCGCACAUGAUGGCACAUUACAAGAAUUAAAAGGAUUUGAAGUGAAACGGCGUGGUGAGCUCAAACUUUUGAAAAAUUUUCAAGAAGUUAUAUUUCAAGUUUUUCUCCGAGGGAAAACUUUAAAUGAUUGUUAUGCUGAAGUUGGAAAAGUUGCAAACGCUUUUUUGGAUGUGCUUGAACAAAAGGGUGCCACUCUUUCUGAUGAAGAGUUGAUAGAUAGUAUUAGCGAAAAGCGAGGGAUGUCACGUGCCCUGGAAGAUUAUGGUGAACAAAAAUCUACAUCUAUUACUGCCGCUAAACGUUUAGCAGAAUUCCUGGGUACGGAUAUGGUCAAAGGCAAUAAAUUGACAUGCCAUUUUAUUAUAUCAGCCAAACCUUUAGGAGAAGCAAUAAGCGAACGAGUGAUUCCAAUAGCGAUAUUUUCAACUGAGGAAAGUGUAAAGAGACAUUAUUUACGGAAAUGGCUUAAGGAUCCUAAAAUGGAUAAUUUUGACAUUCGUAAUAUCUUAGAUUGGACUUAUUAUUAUGAACGCCUCGGAUCUGCUAUUCAAAAGCUUAUUACGAUUCCCGCAACAGCGCAGAACGUUGAAAAUCCUAUUCCGCGGUUAAAGCACCCUGAUUGGCUUCGCAAAAAAUUGGCAAUGAACGGCGAUAAAAAUCGGCAAAGGCGCAUCACUGAUAUGUUUCAACGAACAAGAACAGAUGAUAGUAUGGUUGUGGAUGACAUUAAUUACGAAAAUGAUGAAUUACAAGACACUGAUAAUAUUGAUACUGUAUCCUCACGUAAUGGUCCGUCAAAUGAUAUUGAUGAUAUCGAAGAUUAUGGAAUAUCUAAUUCAAAUGUGUCAAAUGUGUCUAUACCAAACUACAAAAAGAGACCGAUUGAGAAAUCGUAUUCCGACGAGCCAAAUCAAGAGGAAGAAAUGAUGGUACUUGACGAGUCGCAACAUGAUGAUGGCAAUGACAAUACAGAGAUAGCUGAUAAUUCAUCUUCAAAACGUCAAAAAGUUGAUGAAGACAAGAGUCAAGAAACUGUUGUAAGUACAAAAAAGAAGAAAGACAAAAAUUCGGCUAAAAAGUCUACUCUUGAAAACUUUUGUGGUCAAAAAAAUCGUUGGGAGAUUCUACAAAUAAUUAAUACAGACACUCCAGGUGAAUUCCGUAUGUGGGUUCUAAUAGGUUGUGCGACGCAUGCAAUUCGUCUCACUAUCCCCAAAAAGUUUUACAUUAAUUAUAAACUACAAAAUUUUCCGGAUGAAGUAGAGAAAAUUGUUGAUGGUAAAGCAAGUAUUUCUAAAGUAAGUCGAACGUUGCCAGGGACACAUGAACGAUAUAAUUUAUUUGAAGUGAUAAUGCCAGAGCCUAUCUAUCAGCAGAAUCAAAAAUUACUACUAAAUGUCUUUAACGAUCCUCUUGUUGAAGGUGUUUAUGAGACUCGAAUCACAUCAUUGGAUCGAGCGUUAAUAGAAAUUGGAUGUAUUAUCAGCAAAGACAGCGUAAAAUCUGGCAUUUUUAAAACAGCGCCUCGAAAGGGCAUGGAUUUACAGGAUAUUAUAAGAACGGAGGUCUUUCAUAAAACACCAUACUUAGAAGAGUAUUCGGUUAAUUAUUUAUAUUUAUGCCAUAUCAUGUCGGGUGACCGUCAUCUUUAUGGAUUAUUUUCUACAGCACGCAACAAAGCACAUAUUUUUUUGGUAGAAAAAAGCAAAGUCAAAUCACAUUUGCCACAUUUACCUAAUGCUUAUGCCAAUAUCUUGGAAAGGAUGAUAAAUGACCCUCGAUAUGAUAGUGAGGUAUUUCAUUAUCAUAAAGAACUCGAUUUUGAAGUGUCUACGCACAUCAGAGAUGAUAAAAAAACAUUUGCGAAAAAAUUAUCCAAAGAAAUUAAGGAAUAUAAAGAAGGAAGACACGGGCCAACUAUUUUGGUAGUUCAAUCAUCAUAUACAUUUUGUAACCUAAUCGAGGAAGGGGUUAAAGCCAUUUUAGAGUUUCCUUCUAUGUAUAUAAACUUAAAUGAGAAUGAUAACUUGCCUUCAUUGGAUUGGCAACGAUAUGCUUUUUCACGCAUGAUAACGAAAUAUCUUAUCGUUGGACAAAUAAUCACGCAACGACUUAAAAAGGCAAGAUACGCAAGGAUACCUUUCUGUAACCUUAAUCAUGACAGUUCCAUUUUCAUUUCGGAUGUGUUAUUUGCUAGGAGAUUAAUUAAAAAUGACAUCGUUCUUUGGUGGUCACCUUAUCGCAAACCAGAUCAUGGAGGACGUGAACAAGAUGAAUUUUUUGAAUAUUUGCAUCUCUCAGAUGAAGUUGAAAAUUGCAGAUUUGUCAACACACCGGGAAUACACAAGAAUAUAUGUUUCGAAAUUCAACUAGAUGAUUUGAUUGUGAACACUAUUAUAGAAUCAUCAUGGAUCAAUCAAAGUGAAGGGACAAUACAACUUUUCGGGGACGAGAUGCCUUUGGCUACAUUUUCAGUACUUAAAUCAUUGGUUAAAGAUUGGUAUACCGAGGCGUCCAAUCCAAUGAACGGAAUCGCAAGUAUCCUUAUUCGUAAUUUACAAAUUUGGCUUAGUACAGUUAAUUCAAAUUUCUAUGAUCACAAUAUUUAUGGAGUUAUACAUACUUUGAUGGGCAAAGUGGUAAUGCAACUUAUUGCCGAAUUUAGAAACUCUGGUGUUGAAAUCGUUUAUAGUAACCUUUACAAGGUAAUAAUAGCAACGAAUAAGAAUGAAUUAAGUGUUGCUAAUCAAUAUCGAGAUUUUAUCUUGAGAUAUAUCAAACAAAAACCAAUAUUUCAAACAUUGAAGAUUAUUUGUAAAAGAACUUGGAUCAAUAUGAUUUGGUUAGAUCCAAAUAAUUUUUGUGGUACAUUAUGUCACGCUGAAGACCAGCUUGAGAAUCAUUGGAAGAUUAAGGAAUGCCUUCCGCAGACCUUACAUGAAAUUUUUGAUGACUUGGUUAAAGAAUUUAUUGAAAUUUGCAGAGUAAGCAUGAUGGGAUCAAUUAAUUUUAAGGCGAUACGGCAGCAAUUGGAAAAAAAGAUUUAUGACAAAGUAGAAGAGGCACAAGAAGACUGCAAUGGAGGCUUAAUAUUCACAAAUGUGAUUUGUGCAAUUUUUCAAAGUUCAUUAGGCGAAACCGAAACACGGAUACUUAAGCAGAACUGUUGUAGAUUAUUAAAAGUGAGUUCAUAUUCUGAGGAGGCUAGAUUCAAGUUGAAUGAUCAAAGAAAAGUCGGUAAAAUCGAAUGUAGCUGUGGUCUUGUACAGCCUGUAGACGUUACGUUACCAAAAUGUGUCAAUUGUGAUGAAGAAUUUCGAUCAGAACAAUUAGAAUGUAGUUUAUUAGAAGCUAUAAAUAAUCAAGUUGAAAGCUACCAAGAUCAAGACCUUUAUUGUUCCAAAUGUAAUCUGCCUCAACAGAAAGAUUUUUGUCAAGAAUGUGAUUGUGGUGGAAAAUAUAAACAAACCGUUAAUAGAGAGGAGCUUAUAAGUGUUAUCGUUAGCAUUGAAAAAUUUGCGAGAGAAAACGAAAUGAAACUCUUAUUAGAAACUUGUGAAUGGUUGUUGGAUAAAUGA